GAGAAGGCGAGAGAGAGAGAGAGACUACACAUACGGUGACGCUUGGAGUUGACUAUGUCGCUUUACUUUGCCAUUUCUUAUCACUCUCUCCCAGUUGUAUCCCGCACCUGAACGUUUUCCUAGAUUUACGGAUGCCUUCCGCUCCCAAACUCCAACCCAGAAGAGGUAAUUGAAGGAGCGCGAGAGGAGCUGUCAGCAACAGAGUUGCAAUAAAGAAAAUCGCCCAAGGGGACCAAACAGUCAGAGACGAAGGGUACAGACGAAGGAGGAAAAAGCAAGACAGCAGCUUUAGGUGACCGAGUCGCAAAGGAGGCGCGCGGCAUGCGUGUUUAGGAAGCAUCAUCCGUGGAAGCGCCGCUUUUUUUUUGUGGAUUAUUAAAAAGCGAACAACCUCCAGCACUGACCCGGACUGCUUCUAUCAGAUCCACUUUUCACAGAACCAUGAAUGUGUCGCCAACAGACCGGAGGAAAAACAUGCGACAACUGGCUUUGGAGAUUGGGAUCCGAGUUCUGCUUUUCGGAGUUUUUGCAUUCACAGAGUUUCUGGAGCCCUUUGAGAGAGUUAUUCAACCGGAGGAGCUUUGGCUCUACAAGAAUCCUCUAGUCGAGUCAGACCGCAUUCCCAAGAGGGUUAUGUUUGCAAUUUCCUUCCUUACCCCACUGGCAGUGAUAUUUGUGGUGAAGAUAAUUCAGAGGACUGACAAGACAGAGAUCAAAGAGGCAUGUUUAGCUGUGUCUCUGGCUCUUGCUUUAAACGGAGUCUUCACAAAUACUAUCAAGUUGAUUGUUGGCAGACCCAGGCCGGAUUACUUCCAGCGUUGUUUCCCUGAUGGACAAGUGAAUGCAAAGAUGCUGUGCACCGGGGAGCGAGAGGUAGUCUCUGAAGGACGCAAGAGCUUCCCCAGCAGCCAUUCCUCCUUUGCAUUCUCUGGGCUUGGUUUCACCUCCUUCUACUUGGCGGGAAAGCUGCAGUGCUUUACGGAUCAGGGUCGAGGGCGCAGCUGGCGCCUCUGUGCCAUGGUGCUGCCUCUUUAUAGCGCCAUGAUGAUCGCCUUGUCCCGAACCUGCGACUACAAACACCACUGGCAAGACGCCUUUGUUGGAGGUGUGAUCGGAUUGCUGUUUGCAUACAUCUGCUACCGCCAGCACUACCCGCCCUUCCUGUACAUGGAUUGCCACCUGCCUUAUGCCAGUUUGGCUGCUGCCUCCAACAAACCCUCACAUCCUCAGGAUGACCCACAGCCCACUGAAAAUGCCACCACCCUUCCCUUGGAGGGCUUGACUGAAGGGCCAGUAUGACUAGUGGCCACCACUGAGACAACCCAUGAUGCUCUCACCAUAGCGCCAAGCCCACCGCCUCAUUCCUAGAAAUUGACUGGCUCUUACAUACAUUCCAGUGGACAGUUAAACUCGUUACCCAUUUGAUUCCAUAACUCAUUUUCUUAGUGACACCCACAUAUGUUUUUUCCUAAAUCGGUUUCUAACUCAGCAGCGAUUAAAGUCUAAAUAUAGCUGUGAAGUGUGAGAGGAACCUACAGAUAUGGGACAUCACCACUGAGAGGGAAGAGAGAAAAACAUGUUGAAAACUGAGAAAAACAUCUUACCUAAGGCUGUGAGUAAAGAUGGAAAUACUGGCUGUUUUUUUGCCUAAACUUUUUGUUUAAUGAGAGAUGUCAUUGUCCAGCCAUUUUAUACACAAAUUUAAUUGUUUUGGCGUUGGAAAAAAUAGUUUGG